UGAACAAACCUAAUCUGUGAAAAGCUACGUUGAUCCACAUUAGUGAUAAACAUGACAUGACGGAAAACAAACGCAUCAAGUCGUGAACCCUUCUUUCUUAGCGAGAGGUGUCCGUUUUCGCUUUCAUUUCUUCAUCGCAAUAACUUUACUUGGCUCCAGAAUCCCCUUUCUUCUCCCCUCUCAUAAUCCAUCAGCUAAGGAUUGGAUCUCCGUUUCGGAUUCUGUUCAAGCAUUUCUGAAAUCUUCAAACUUUCGUAGGGGUUCCCGAUAAUAACUCUCCUCUGUAAUGGCGAUGAGAGGUGUCGAUUUCAAGUGGUACGAUGGGUUCUUAUUGUCGAUGCUUGCAACUAGUGUAAUCAUUGUAGCUAUCAAUUGGAAGAGAUACCAUACUUGCCAUUACCCCUUGCAUAUAUGGAUUGUGGUUGAUUACACCACCGUCUUUAUCUUCCGCGUCUUAAUGUUUGUUGACAAUGGUCUUGCUGCUGGCCUUGGCUUGGAUUUUGGAAGUCAACAGCGGAACAUUGGGUUUUGUGGGAGAGUGGUGGUGCUCUCUAUCCUAUCUCUUCUGCUCUAUCCAUUUCUGUGGGCUUGGACUGUAAUCGGUACAAUAUGGUUUACAAGGGCAAGAAGCUGUUUACCUGAAGAAGGCCAAAAAUGGGGUUUCCUCAUUUGGCUGAUAUUCAGCUACUCUGGCCUCCUCUGCAUUGCUUGCAUCUGUGUCGGAAAGUGGUUGGCGCGAAGACAGGUGCACGUAUUACGUGCUCAGCAGGGAAUCCCGAGCUCAGAGUUCGGGAUUUUAGUUGACAUGAUUAGGGUUCCUGACUGGGCAUUUGAAGCCGCGGGCCAAGAGAUGAGAGGCAUAAGUCAAGAUGCUGCUGCUGCAUACCAUCCUGGACUUUACUUGACUCCUGCUCAGACUGAAGCUGUGGAGGCACUCAUACAAGAAUUUCCAAAGUUCAAGUUAAAAGCCGUCCCAGAUGAUUGCGGUGAAUGCUUAAUCUGUUUAGAGGAGUUCCAUAUUGGACAUGAGGUUAGAGGUUUACCUUGCGCCCAUAAUUUCCAUGUGGAGUGCAUAGACCAGUGGCUGCGUUUGAACGUGAAAUGUCCUCGGUGCCGGUGCUCAGUCUUUCCAGACCUUGAUCUCAGCGCAUUAUCCAAUCUCCAGAGCUCAUCAACACAACAGCCCCCACAGGGGAACACGGAAACAACAGAAGCUCGGUACAUAAGAAGCCACCCACAAAGCGAGAGCUACUUCCUGAGACUUCAGUCUCUAAUUCACCCGGUCCAUACUGACACCGCUCUGGAGACUGCAGAGAACGGUGGAGUUCCUCCUGUCUUGGCUGGUCGAUCUCCAUCUGGGAGAUGAGAGACAUAAGUGUGCGUCGAGUCUAUGGUUAUUCUACUCAUUACUAACUCUCGACUGAUCGAAGGAAAAUAAAUAAAAUAAUUAGAACAUUUUGAGUCCUCCUACCCCUUGUAAGUUUUCACCUUUGACAGUCUUACAAUGUAAAUAAAUUGGGGGGUUGAAAGAAAAGGAAAAAAUAAAACAAUAUUUGGGGUUUUACAUUGGGAAUGAAGAACUGUACAUGUCCAUACUCUUUAACGGUAGAGGAUGUUCAUACUACUUUUGCUUAGUUAUGGUUU